AGCAUGCAGUGUUCACACAAAACCUCAUUCAAAACACUGAACACAUGGUCAUUGCAAAGCUGUAAAGUAGGACACCUAAGUGUGAGAUACCCAAAAAAAAUCCACUUAGCUGAAGAAAUGUACUGAAUGCAAAGGGUCUCAAGAUAGAACUGAACAUUGGGAUCUCUUGGAGUCAAGGUUGGCACCAUGAGUGCUGAAACUGUGAAAGACUACUACGACUACUCAGAAUGGUACGAAAAUGCACUGCCAACCAAACCUCCUGUCGAAGUUAUCCCACCAUGUGACCCCACAGCUGAUGAAGGCCUCUUCCACAUAUGCAUUGCUGCAAUAUCUCUGGUGGUCAUGCUGGUUCUCGCCAUCCUGGCCAGACGACAGAAGCUGGGUGACAAUCAGAGGGGACUUACAGGUUUACUCAGCCCAGUAAACUUUUUAGACCACACACAACACAAGGGCCUUGCCGUAGCUGUGUACGGCGUUCUCUUCUGCAAGCUGGUUGCAAUGGUCCUCAGUCACCAUCCACUUCCUUUCACUAAAGACGUCGUUAACAAAGAGUUCUGGCUGAUCCUGGCUCUGUUGUACUACCCCGCGUUGUACUACCCUCUUCUGGCCUGCGGUACGCUGCAUAACAAGGUGGGAUACGUCUUGGGCAGCCUGCUGUCAUGGACACACUUUGCAGUUCUGGUCUGGCAGAAGGUGGACUGUCCCAAAACGUCACAGAUCUAUAAGUACUACACUCUGUUCAGCAGCCUUCCUCAGAUUGCUUGUCUGGCUUUUCUUAGUUUCCAGUAUCCACUGCUUCUGUUCAAAGGCUUACAGAACAGAGAGACAAGCAACGGCUCUGAGGACCUCAGUAGCAGUUAUUAUCGAGAUUAUGUGAAGAAGAUACUCAAGAAGAAAAAGACCACCACAAUCAGUUCCAGCAUAUCAAACCCCAAACUGAUUGAAAGACUCAGAGAUGCUGCCAAGUCUUACAUCUACACACCAGAGGAUGUUUUUAGGUUCCCUUUGAAGCUAGCGAUCUCUGUGGUUGUGGCGUUCAUUGCUCUUUAUCAGAUGGCGCUCUUACUGGUCUGCGGUGUUCUGCCCACCCUACACAUCGUCCGUAGAGGAGUGGACGAAAACAUCGCCUUCCUGUUGGCAGGUUUCAAUAUCAUCCUGUCAGAUGACCGUCAGGAGGUGGUCAGGAUUGUAGUCUACUAUCUGUGGUGUGUGGAAAUUUGCUAUCUGUCAGCAGUGACCCUGUCCUGCCUGCUCAACCUGCUCAUGAUCAUGAGGUCCAUGGUCCAGCACAGGUCUAAUCUGAAGGGACUGUACAGAGGAGACAUCUUUACUGUGUAUAACUGCCACAGGAGCAUUAGACCGUCCCGGCCUGCGCUGGUCUGCUGGAUGGGCUUCACCAGUUACCAGGCGGCCUUUAUCUGUCUCGGCAUGGUGAUCCAGACACUGGUGUUCUUCAUCUGCAUUCUGUUCGCUGUCUUCCUCAUCAUCAUCCCCGUCCUGUAUGGAACCAAUCUCAUGCUGUUCCACAUCAUCGGCAGGAUGUGGCCCUUCUGGAUGAUGCUGUUCCUGGUUGUGCUGAUCCAGCAUCUGACUUCCAGGUUUUUGUUCAUCAAGAAGGACGCAGGAACUAGAGAUCUGAACAACAGAGGGAGUCUGUUUCUUCUCAGCUACAUGCUCUUCCUGAUUAAUGUCAUGGUUGGUGUUAUCCUGGGCAUUUGGAGGAUAGUCAUCACUGCCCUUUUUAAUAUAGUUCAUUUGGGACGCUUGGAUAUCAGCCUCCUCAACCGCAACUUCGAGGCGUUUGACUCAGGGUACCGCUGCUACGCUCAUUACCUGAAGAUCGAGGUGAGUCAGUCUCACCCCGUGAUGAAGGCCUUCUGUGGGCUGCUGCUGCAAACCUCAGGCCAGGAUGGUCUCUCUGCACAGAGGAUGAGAGAUGCUGAAGAAGGUAUUCAACUGGUCCAGCAAGAGAAGAAGCAGAACAAGGUGUCCAGCGCCAAGCGGGCGCGAGCGCACUGGCAGCUCCUCUACACGCUGGUCAACAACCCGUCUUUGGUGGGCACCAGGAAACACUUCCAGUGCCAGAGUUCUGAAAGCUUCAUCAACGGAGCCCUCAACCGGGCCUCCAAGCAGGGCAGCAAAAAGGAAGACAGUAUCAAGGAGCCUAGCAAAGAUGCAGAAGGCACCGCCACCAACAACUGAGGACUGCAAAUCACCAUGAGAAGGAGAUCGGCCCUCCUGCCCCCUAACCUCUUCAUUCUUAAUUGCUGCUGGCCAGAUACUGAUGAUAGUCUUAUUUGCUUUGGUGUAGCAGAGAAGCACGUGUGUUUUAGCUAAGUGUACUUACAGCUCAGUGCCUCAGGAAGAAGUUCAUGCAGUUGUAGUUAACGGAUCCUUUACACGUGUGUGGAUGGAUGGAUGUAUUGUAUCAUUUGUUGCAUGCGUGAGUGAGACUGUCUCUCCGUCUUGGGCUUAGCGUAUCAGGAAAUGGUUAGUUUGGCACUGAACUCCCUUCUAACCGCUUGAUGCGAGGUUAUAGGCUACGUGUGACUAUUUAUGAAUGUACAGGUACUGCUCGUUUGCUA